GCCUGAGGUGGCUCGACAAGUGGCACUCUCUCGCUAACCCUGCGGCCCUACGGCCCUGCGGGUCUUUUGCUUUCGAACCAGUAACCCUGUGUGUCUCUCUCUCCUCUCUCCUCUCUCCUGUCUCCUCUCUCUAACUCUGUCGCUUCGGUAGCUUACCGUAUGCUGAAGAAACAAGUACGAGCUCUCAGUCGCGCAAAUACGCAAACACUUCAUCUGCGUGCGGUUUUGUUGUCGUGUUUUGUGAGAGAGGGGAGCCAUGGUUUCUUCCGAGGGGCGGUCGUUUUCGAGCUCGACGGGGUCCACGGCGGCGGGGUCAUCGUCGUCGCCCGACUCCGGUUCUUAUUCGUCGUCGACGAACGGUGCGGUCGAGAGAUUUGGUGGAAGCGGCGGCGGUGUGGAUCGGAUGGUGAAAGAGGAGCUCGAGGCGGCGGAGGCGCUUGCGGAUUUGGCGCAUUUGGCGAUGCGCGAGAGUAGCGGCGCCGAAUCCGCUGGGAAUUGGGGGCUGAAAAGGAAGCGAGCCGGGAAGCGAGUCAAGAGUGGGUCUCCGCCGAGUCAGUCGGGUUUGUACCCGCCUGACCCGGCUCCCACAUGUCCGGAUCUUCCUCAGGAUCAAGCGGUGACAGGUUUGCGGCAAUGUGAAACGGUAUGCACAAAUGUCGUUACAGAACUGGUGAAGACUGAGCAAGUUCUGAGUGAAAAGGUUGUGAGGGCUGAGCAUGAUCCAGAAUUAAAUAAGCCAAGUCCUAUAUGCACUACAAGUCACCCUUCAUUUAGUUGCAGCAAGUCAAGGCGGAAUUUAACUGAGGAGGAAAAGGAAGAGCGGAGAAUACGCAGAGUAUUGGCAAAUCGAGAGUCAGCUAGACAAACAAUUCGUCGACGUCAAGCUCUAUGUGAGGAGUUAACCAGAAAAGCUGCCGAUCUGGCAUUGGAGAAUGAAAAUCUGAAAAGGAAAAAGGAGCUAGCGGUAAAGGAGUUCCAGUCUUUGGAGAAAACAAAUAAGCACUUGAAAGUUCAGAUGACUAAGGUGAUAAGGGCAGAGGAUGAGAAAACAGCAGGUGAAAAUAUGUCAGCCUAUGUGCAGAUGCAGAUACCUCCGUCUUCAUCUACAAAUUCCCCGUUCUUCUUGUUUAACCGUCCCCCAUUUGCACCACUUUUCUGGCCUUCUAUCAUCCAGGCUUCAAACUCUACUCAGGUCCAGCACAUACCACAAAAUCCAAUAGCCAUUCCGUCAAACAUCUCAUUGCCGGCUAAUGGUGCAGCUGACUCUUCUCUUGAACAAAACCCCUCAAACAUCAAUGGAGCGAGAGCUCCUUUAUAUGUGUUUCCGUGUCCUUGGUUCAUCCCUCACUUUGAUAAUGGGAAUGGACUCCAACCCCAGUCUUCCUUGUGUUUGAACAAUAAGCAAGAAGAAACUUCUUUUAAUAACCAGUUCAGUGCUAAUUCAUCUUCAAGAACCGUUGCGCAGUUGGACAACCACCAGUCCUCUUUCCCUGUUAGAUUAAAAACAGAAGAUUCCCCUUCAAUUGAAGGCAGACCGUCAUGUGAUCUUAACGAGACCCCUGCUCAGUUUCCUCUGGAUGGAGGUGAUCAGCACACAGGACCUCACCCGAUGGAAAAUGGUUGCAAGGAAAUAUUCCCUUCUGCGGCAUCACUCAACCAUUCCGGAGUUGCAUCUUGUAUCAAGAAUGAGAACGGAUUUGAAUCAGAUUACACUGUAACAACUCUGAACUCUUAUCACAAGUUCUCUGCCUUGCCAGACAAGAAUAGUGAACCAAUCAUCUACCCUACUAGGAAACUCGCAGAUGCAAAUGCAGCAGCUGAGGCGAGAAAGAGGAGGAAAAAUCUCACGAAGCUAAAGAGCCUUCAUGGCCGGCAGUGUCGGACACAGUGCUGAGCUUGGAGCCUUGGAUACAUGUUGACUAUAAAUUCUCUCAUAGUUUUCAUGCAGGUCCUUUUACUUUAGGGGGACUUCUUUGAGAUUCGAGUCCAGAGCACUUCACCUAACCUUAAUUAUAACCUUUAAUUAUAGUAGGUUACUGAGUCGUUGACAUAAAAGAUGUGGCCUGCAACAUAGGUACAUCUUCAAGGCGUUUGCUUGUAUUUUAUAUGUUGUUUCGGGGUGCAGACAAAAAACUGGAAAUCUUUGUUCUGGCCCUUCAAUAUGUAUGGAUAGUUUUUUUUGUUAUAAAAUAAUCGACAACCAGAUAAUGUAGCCCGAUAUUGCUUACUUUUCAA